AUGACGGACGACGAGCGACCCAGAAAGCUGGUCAAGCUUGAGCAUGACGAGGCUACGCAGUCAGAGCUCGAGCCGGCUAUGACUGGUGCUGGGGAAGUUGCGCAACAACCCGAGAACACGGCCGUUAAGAUUGAAGAUGUCAAGCAAGAUUUGUCGGAGCAACCGAACGCCAAUGCCGAACCGAAUACUGCUACAGCUGUACAGCCCGACGCUGCAGGCGAUGACGCACCGAAAAUGUCCAAGAACCAAUUGAAGAAGCUUCGCAAGCGAGAGAAAUGGGAGCAGGAACGCGAACAGCGCAAGAUCCAUCGGCGAGAAAAGAUGGCCGAUAAGCGCGUGCGCCGACAAGCUAUGGUGGAGCAAGCCCGGGUGACUGGUGGUGAAGAGGCUGUGGCAGAACUGCGCAAAAGCUGGGAGGGUCUACGGGCGAAGGCCAGGAAAUCGACUCUUCUGCCUUUCGCAAUUAUCAUUGACUGCGGCUACGAUGAUCUUAUGAACCCUAAGGAGCGUGUUUCCCUUUCCUCACAGUUGACACGCUCAUACUCGGAAAACACUCGUGCGAAAUGGCGGUCGAAUCUGAUGUUCAGCUCUUUCAACAAACUACUCAAGGAACGCUUCGACAAUGUUCUUGGAGCGCAUAAGAACUGGAGGGGCAUCAGGAUUAUCCAGGAGGAUUUCAUGAAAGCUGCUGAACUCGCGAGGCGGAACAUGGGGACUCCACGCGGUGGCAGACUGGCUGGCCCCUUUGCUGGGAUGACCGAUGCUAAACCCGAGGAUGGAGAGAUUAUCUACCUCAGCAGUGAUAGCGACAAUACUUUGACCGAGCUGAAGCCGUAUGACACUUAUAUUAUUGGUGGAUUGGUGGAUAAAAAUCGACACAAGGCCGUUUGCUACAAGAGUGCCAUGGCGGCAGGCAUUAAGACGGCGAAGCUCCCCAUUGGUGAAUACAUUAAAAUGGACUCUCGCUCAGUGUUGACUACCAACCAUGUCGUGGACAUUAUGCUUAAGUGGCUGGAGCUGGGUGACUGGGGUGAGGCGUUCAUGAAGGUCCUCCCACAGAGAAAAGGAGGAAAAUUGCUUGACGAGUCGCUUGACGCUGAAGGCGAGGUGGAGGAGCAUGAAGAUGAACAUGAGAAUGAGGAGGAUCAGAUCGCAGCUGUUGAGGCUGCCGCCGAUGAUGGAUGUGAGGAAGGGGAGGAUGAUGAGAAAAUUUAA